GUCCACUCGAUACUGACAUUGAACGGGCAGUGCGGCGGUCGCUUGCACGAUUCGCCUUUUAUUUAUUUAAGUUAAAAACAAGGUUUUGUAUCUUGUAGACAAAUAAUUUUCGUAUCCACCCUACUUUAGUGUCAGUCGCUCGUCAAAUUACGUCGUCGGAUAUAUGCGUGAAAUCUGUGAUAUGUGCUCGGUGCGGUAUUAAUUGUGCUUAUGUGAUGUCUUAGCGUGUGUUAAAUAGUGGAUGGACGAGGAACAAUGGAGGUCGUCAAAGAAAAAACUGGAAGAAUCGAGGAUUUCGACGAAGAAGGUUGGAAUUCUCGACGCUGCAUGUUAGACGAUUUGCAGCUGGCUGCUGAGCUCGGGAAGACUCUCCUGGAGAGGAACAAAGAGUUGGAGACGGCGCUGCGGCAGCACCAAAAUGUCAUUGAAGAUCAAGCGCAAGAAAUUGAGUACUUAACAAAACAAACUGUCGCACUGCGGGAGGUGAACGAUUCAAGACUGAGAAUAUACGAGCAGCUGGAGGUGAGCAUCCAGGACCUGGAACGCGCCAACCAUCGGCUCGCCGUCGACCAUGCAGCCGACAAGAAGCACAUCAAAACUUUAUGCUCAAACAUCGAGACAUUGGAGGGGAGAUGCGAAGAACUUCAAAAGACUGUGGAUGACCUGAACGCUCAACUGGAGAUCGUCCGACGAAGAGCUGAACGUAAGCCUGAGAGCAGCGAGAAACCUAAAGAGAAGAUUCCAAAGCCAUUGGAACAAUCCACGCCAGAUUCUAAGAAGCCCACUUCAAAUAGCACGCCAAUAAAAACUAUUGCACCUCUUCCGGAACUUACGAAAGAGGAUGAGGAUUUACUUAGAUUGAGCGAUGAACUGAGAGAAAAUAAAGUGGCGUUCGCACAAGAACAACGGCGUGUGACGGAACUAGAAGAACAGCUAGCUUCUAUGGUGCAGGAGAACAACAGAUUGCAAGAUCAGCUGAGAAACUGGCACCAGAGAGACGAUGAACCGAAGUCGAUGCACGAAGAGUUUUCUAUCCUUGAAGAAGUGAGACAAGGACAGCUUUGUAUCAGAUGUCUACGAGGCGUCGAAAGGGGCGAUGAUAUGUCGUCUAUACUAGACGGUGAUGAUGACGACAGGAGUGCGAUCAGCUCGCUCAUACUCACACCCUCGGGACAAGACAGUCCCCGAGAAGACCAUGUCACAAGCAAACUCGUCAAAUUCGACAAUGCCAAGGAAAAAUUGCUUCAAGGUAUUUGGGCCAAUAAGGAUGACGAUCAAGAGAAUCCUUACAGAGAGCUGGUCCAGAAAUAUGAAGCUCUUUUAGAAGUUCAGUUGUCACAGGGGAAGAACAAUAGAAAAAACAAAGACGGCUCGCUGCCCGCACAAAACCAAUCCGGUCCCCUCUCCCUACAAGAUGAGCUGCAGACCUCCGGUGACUACAGUCAGUUCAACGUCAAAGAUACCGAUGAAGAGAGCGGCCACGGUGGAAGCGAGGAAGCCCACAAGGACAACCAAACUAAGAAAACUGAGUCAACCUCGCGCAAGAAGAUCAUCCAGACGCCGGACUUCUCCGAGGCGGAAACAUCGAGCUCCGGAUUCUCCGACGAAACAAGCAACAAAGCAACACAGACUGAGCGAGAAAGGCCAGGCUCUUUCCUUUGCACGAUCGCAGAUGGUGAACAUUACAGAUUCAGUAUUUACGACGACGUCAGCCCGAUGGACAGUCGUUUCCGAAACCGACCGGAAUAUCGCGAAUUGUUCAAAGAAAUAUUUACCAUUCUCAAAAAGGCCGCUGAAAACAAAGACGAAGGAGAGAGACUGCCUCUUCUUGAUGAUACUACAGCUGGUAAAGUACCUCCAGUAACCCCCGCCACGGAGGAACAGCCCGGCAACUUCACAGACGAUACUCAAAGCGUCCUGUCUUCAGUCAUGUCUGAACAAUCUCUCCCAGUAUCCGAUAUAACCGCACCGGAAACGCCUACCUUGAAAGAAAUGGAGGUGCCGCUUCCAGAACCCGUUAAGGAAAAGAAACCUGAAAAGAAAAAGGAAAAUAAACAGAAACCAGUUGAGCCGACAGAUGAAAAAAUUAAAAAGAAGGCUACUAAGAAUAAUGAAAAAGAAGUAAAGAAUACUCCGAAUACUUCUACUGAGAGAGAAGAGGAAAAAGACAAAGAAAACGAUAAAGAGCGCGUAUUAACACCGCUCGUACGUCAACCGCUGGAGUACAUCGCGGCUACUAGGAAGAAGUCACGUCAUCGCAACCGCAAACACAGCCAGGACCGGCAAGGCGCGGACUCACCGGUCUUCCCGUCGCCGCCCAAAAUCACCUACCAGAAGCAGUCAAACAAAAAGAGGCGAGAUUACAGACCGAUCGAGGCCAGCCCGCUGGUGAGAGUCAACGAAAUGGAAUGGAACGGAAACACGAUGCAGUUCUACAACCGCAACAUGCACUCUCCCUCCCCGAGCGUCAGUGGCCGCACCGGUAAAAUCUACCAGGGAUGGAACUCGGAGACCGAUUCCUGGGACAUCAAGCAGAGCACCGCCUCGCAGGAGAUACACAAGCUGAGGAAACUCGAGCUCUCCUACGCCGAAGUGCUCAGGAACGCGGACAAAACAAAGAACAGGCGUAAGAAGCAUCAGUAGACUACAAACUAAAGAUUAAGACCCUCUUGCAAACUGCAGGAGUCGAGUGAUCCAUGAGUGAGCCAUUUGUUUUUGCCAACUGGACGCAUUUAGUUUAAGAGUUUUUGUGAUCUGCUAGUGUUACACAUAAGUUUUACCUAACCUAACAAUCAUGAAAUUGCCAUAAGUGUAGUCGAUACACAUACAAUAGAAGUAUAUGUUAAAGCAUAACUACAUUACAUUCCUAUAAUACAAUAGAUAAAAAGCCAAAGAUUUAAAUACGCUAAUAGGCUCUUAAUACGGUAUCAAGCUGGUUAUGAUAAAUUAUGUAGAAAUCUUGGUUAAAUAUUUGAUAUUGAUGUAGAGACGAACACGUGUUAAUUUUAUCUUAUAUUUGUAUGAAAUUGUAUGUUUUAAUUUAUGACGAUGAAUUAAUUUUCUUAAUUAUGAAUAAUAAUUAAAUUGAUCGAUUGUAACAAAAUAUGUUCAUCCGUAAUGUUUUGAGGUUAUGUGCGUAUUUAAAUCUUUAACGUUACCCCUCCGAUAUUGCAUUCCAUAUUCUCCACGUAGAAAAGUAUCAAAAGAUAUUAAAAUUGCAUUUAAAUUAUGUAUUUAAAAAAUGAAGCAUGCAUGAAGUAUUUCAGCUGAAUUUCUAUUUAGCUUUCGUAAUUCUAUUUAAUUCGAUAUUUUCAACUGAAUAGUUUUUUUAUCCUUUAACUUUAUUCCGUUGCUGCGUUAGUCACUAUUUUAAAUGUAUAUUCUGUAUUUGAAUUUAUGAUUUGUAAAUAUUCAUUUUUUAUAAGUUAAUAUUUUUUAUUGCCAUGGUAAUGCGAGUAUUUCUGAUACGUUGUGGAUUUGUAUGCUAAAUUUUUAUUUAAUGAAGACAGAUGAAGGAAGGUUAAAGGUAUGAAAUAAAAAAUUGCAUAAUAA